AUGUCAUUCGUCAGACACCUGGAGAAAGACGGCGUCACCGUCCUCGACGCGUGGGAAGACGCGGUCGCCUUAGACUACAUGGGGGUGGCGGUCGUUGUAGAAGUUGGACAGGAGCCCAUGGAAACUCCUGGGCGCCAAUUCAAUAAGCUGUGCCGCGGGCUGCUCAAUGCAAUUGAUGACCACCGCCGCUUCUAUUACCUAGGCCCGAACGAGGCCGGGGAUAGAUGCAGAAAGCAAAUGAAAGCCGGUCUGCAGCCCCUAUUGGAACCAGUCAUGUUGAAGGAGCAGUCUCCUCGCCGCGACAUUCUCCCUCGUUUAGAGACUCUACAUCACUUGGCCCUGGCCACUUUCAUGUACGACGGCAUAUUGAACUAUAAAAUCCAGCAGCGCAACAACGGCAAAGCCUACCUCGAAAAGUUCACGGUCCAAAGGGCCCGUCAACCGCUCAAAUUUGUCGUCGAGCUAGCUGAGCAGCUCCCGCAAUACGAAACACACACACUCGCCGUCGAUACCGACUCCAUUAGUCUCAACCGCAUCCAAGCGACUGUGGUCUUUUCCGAGCAGCAGGAGCACACGUGUCUGGCUCGGUACACGGUCCUGGCUCUCCGCGACUUCAGCAGGUCUUCCCUACCGCGCCAGGAAAUCGAUACCGCUUCCUGGUUAGACUCGACGCUCAUGGCCAUGUCCAAGGCCAACAAGUUCCGCGCGACGAUGAGCCCCGAGCUCCGCGAGAAGCUGCGAGUCCCGCGGCUGGUCGGCCUGGUGUAUCACGUCUGGACUCGCGGGUCGACGAGAGAGCGGCCUCUUGUCGGCGGCCUGCUCGAGCACAUGGAGGCGGCGACUAGCUGGGACUACCUGCGAAGGCGCAAUCGGCCGCCGUCGCGGGAGCUCCAGAAACGAUGGGCGGGGCAGAUUCGCGACACGAUCAGAAUGCUGCACGAUAUGGGCAUAGUCUGGGGCGGCGCAACUGGCGGCGACACGCCAGCGCCACUAGAGCUGCUAAUGGCAAGCGUUGAUGUCGACGCCAACAAGCAGCCGUGGCUGGUGCGCAGCUUCGACAGCACAGCAGACCUGUACAUAUAA